AUGUUUCACAUGUUUGUUUUGUUCUGUUUGUGCUGGUGGAGUCUGAUCGGUGUGUUUGGUGCAGAAACAAAUGAAAUACAGUCAGUGUCAGCGAUGGAGAGAGAUUCGGUCACUUUAAAAACUAAUGUUACUGAAUUACAUGAAGACGAUGAAAUAGCAUGGAGAUAUGGAGCUGAAAAGUCUCUCAUAGUUAAAAUCAGCAAUGAGAAACAAAUCGUCUCAACAUUUGAUGUUCCUGAUGAGAGAUUCAGAGACAGACUGAAGCUGGAUCAUCAAACUGGAUCUCUGACAAUCACAAACAUCACAUCUGAACACGCUGGAGACUGUGAACAACAGAUAAGGGGAGCGAGACUGUCAUCAAAAACAUUCAGUGUUUAUGUCUACGCUCAUCUGCCUGUACCUGUCAUUAGAAGCGACUGUUCUUCAUCAUCAUCACAGCAGAAUUGUUCAUUGGUGUGUUCAGUGGUGAAUGUGGGUCAUGUGACUCUCUCCUGGUACAAAGGAAACAGUUUAUUGUCCAGCAUCAGUGUGUCUGAUCUCAGCAUCAGUCUCUCUCUACCUCUGGAGGUGGAAUAUCAGGAUAAAAACAGCUACAGCUGUGUGCUCAACAAUCCCAUCAGCAACCAGACCACACAUCUGGACAUCACUCAACUCUGUCACACAUGUUCAGCUCGUCUGCCUGUCCCUGUCAUCAGCAGAGACUCUUCACAAUGUUCUUCAUCAUCAUCAUCACAGCAGAAUUGUUCAUUGGUGUGUUCAGUGGUGAAUGUGGGUCAUGUGACUCUCUCCUGGUACAAAGGAAACAGUUUAUUGUCCAGCAUCAGUGUGUCUGAUCUCAGCAUCAGUCUCUCUCUACCUCUGGAGGUGGAAUAUCAGGAUAAAAACACCUACAGCUGUGUGCUCAACAAUCCCAUCAGCAACCAGACUCAACAGCUCAACAUUACUGAACUCUGUCAGCCAUGUGCAGGUAUGCCAGUGUUGACAUUAACGUUCACUUACUAA